CGCAAUCCAGUGAAAUCCAUCGGCACACACAGACAGCAGUGAGCAGCUGCAGCGGCAAGAGGCGAUCGCGCGUGUUGCACUAUUCAGAUAACAAAUACACAAAUCCCGCUUAUAAGCAUCUGAAAUAUAAGCGACUUUAAACAUGGUCGACCGCGAGCAGCUGGUUCAGAAAGCCAGACUGGCUGAGCAGGCUGAGAGAUAUGACGAUAUGGCAGGUGCCAUGAAAUCGGUAACAGAGCUGAAUGAAGCCCUGUCCAAUGAGGAGAGGAACCUGCUCUCUGUGGCCUACAAGAACGUGGUGGGAGCGCGUCGUUCAUCCUGGCGGGUCAUCUCCAGCAUCGAGCAGAAGACCUCUGCCGAUGGCAACGAGAAAAAGAUUGAGAUGGUUCGCGUCUACCGCGAGAAAAUCGAGAAGGAGCUAGAGACCGUGUGCCAAGAUGUUCUCAACCUCCUCGAUAACUUCCUGAUAAAGAACUGCAACGACACCCAGCACGAGAGCAAGGUUUUCUACCUGAAGAUGAAGGGCGACUACUACCGUUACCUGGCGGAGGUGGCCACGGGUGAAAAGAAAGCCGCAGUGGUGGAGUCUUCUGAGAAGUCGUACAGCGAAGCCCACGAGAUCAGCAAAGAGCACAUGCAGCCCACGCAUCCUAUCCGUCUGGGUCUGGCGCUCAAUUACUCCGUCUUCUACUACGAGAUCCAGAACGCACCGGAGCAGGCCUGCCAUCUAGCCAAGGCGGCUUUCGACGACGCAAUCGCCGAGUUGGACACCCUGAAUGAGGACUCCUACAAAGACUCCACCCUCAUCAUGCAGCUUCUGCGAGACAACCUGACGCUCUGGACAAGCGAUCAACAAGACGACGAAGGCGGCGAAGGCAACAAUUAAACCGAGAAGAAAGGAAGAUCUUCGAGACCCUCUUUCUCUAAAUCGCGUGCGCACACAACUAGAAAAAGAAAACAUAAAAUAAGUUAAAUGAAAAUUUCACUUAAGGGGGCUUUGGUGGAUACACGUCAGCCACGUUUGCUGAUAGUAAAGCAGCGCAGUUUUCUUUGUUUUUUUUCCACAGGAAACUAAAUUAACAUUGAGAGAAAUUGAUCAAUAUGCUAGUUUAAAAUAAGAUUUGUAUGUCUCUGAAAUAAAAAAAAAAACAA